GCGGAGCGUGAUCAUUGGACUUAUCCUGUAUAUUAACAGAGAAUAUCUCGUUUUAGUGUUUAAAUAAUCAUACCGAACUGUUUACAUCAUUACAAGUGGAUGCUCUGGGAUUUUGUUACGUCGAUUUCAAAGGAAAGAAGCGGCACAAUCUCUAUUCAUCUAUACUGGAGCUACUCUUAAAGCUACUACGAAAGUUUUAGCCCUACUUUUGACAUUUCUGAAGAUUCUUUAUGCAAGGGAUUUGAGUUCUUUCGCUGGGAGGGAAGACCACGGGGCCCUUGAACAGAGGAGAGUUCGUUUUCGGCUUCUUGAGAAAACUGUGAGCCUGAUCAGUAUGGCUGCAGGAGAUGUCGCAGUGUAUUUGGUCCUCGCCCUUUGCUGUGUGGCCUCUGCAGGUCCGCUAUCCCGGAGCCCGUGUGAGCUGCUGCCCCUGGGGGAGGGGCACCCGGUGCAGGCCAUGCUGAAGAGCUUCACCGUGGUGUCGGGGUGCGCCAGCAGGGGGACCUCCAGCCUCCCUCAGGAGGUGCACAUCAUCAACCUGCGGAGCGGCGGAUCCGAGAGGCCUGCCGAUAGGCCCACUGAGGUGACCCUCCACCUGAAACCCAUCCAGUCCCUGCUGGUGCACCGCAAGCCCCUGGUCUUCGUGCUCAACUCGCCCCGGCCGCUGCUGUGGCAGCUGAGGACGGAGAAGCUGGCUCCCCACGUCAAGCGUACCUUCCACGUGUCACAGGGGUCCGAGAUCCGGUUUGAGCAGGGGAAUUUUUCCCUGUCCUGUGAAGUCCUGAAGGAGACCCUUCCCCAUGGCAACGAGCACCUCCUGACCUGGGCCCAGGAGAAGUACAAAGCCGUCACAUCCUUCUCCGAGCUCAAGGUUGCCCAGAACAUCUACAUCAAAGUCGGGGAAGACCCCGUGUUUUCUGACACCUGCAAGAUUGACAAUAAGUUCCUGUCCUUGAACUACCUGGCGGGAUAUGUGCAACCGCAGCCUUCCAGAGGGUGUGUCCUGUCAGGCCCCGCCCAAAGCCGUGAGGUGCACAUCAUCGAGCUGCAGGCCCCCAACUCCAGCAGUGCCUUCCAGGUUGACGUGACCGUGGAUAUCAGACCGCUGGACGAGGGCAGACCCUUGCGCCGGGACCUGGUGCUCAUCCUGAAGUGUGAGAAGUCUGUCAACUGGGUGAUCCAGGCCCAAGGUGUCACUGGAAAGCUGGAUGUUCUGACCUCAGACAGUCUAAGCCUGGGCCCCAAUGUGGAGAGGAUGAUGCAGGUGUCCAAGGCGGCCAAGCAGCACCUCCCCUCUGGCUCCCAGGCCCUGAUCCAGUGGGCUAAGGAGCAGGGCUACAGCCCAGUCACCUCCUUCACCAACACGCCUGUGGCCAACCACUUCAACCUGCGCCUGAAGGAGCCAGACAUGUCGGAGGAUGUCGCCGAGGGCAUGUUUCCGCCGGAGCUGGCCAUCCUCCGAAACUCCCACCCCCACCCCGCCCCCGGAAGCUCCGCCCCCCGCUCAGGGCUGCCCUUCCCUUUCCCCGCUGGCCCCGGGCCCCUAGAGAGGGGCCUCCCCAUCCUGCCCCUGCCCCCCAUGGAGGAGGAGGAUAGGCCCGCAAUCGGCUCGGACCCGGAGGAGCAGGCAGGUGUCCUGAACGUGGGGCUCAGCGUGCAGUGUGAGGAUCAGAGGAUGGUGGUGACUGUGGACAAGGAGAGCCUGCAGGUGAAUGGGUAUUCAGGCGCUGACCUCACUCUCCUAGACCCAGCAUGCAAAGCCAGAUCCAACGGCACUCACUACAUCCUGGAGACACCACUGACCGGCUGCCUUACAACGAAGUACGACUUCCACAUCAGCCCUGAGAUCAUCUACAUCAAUUCAAUCCUGAUUAACCAAUCAGAGCCAGAGGAUGGAAGCGGAUGGCCAGUGGACGAUGAGGACAUGGAAUCAGGGGACAACGGCUUCCCAGGAGACGCCGAGGGUUUAGACAGGAUGUACCUGGAGCACAUGGAAUCAAAGCCCACCUCCAUCUUGUUUAACUGCACGUACAGGAAAGCAGUGCAGGUUCCCCCUGUCCAGGUCCCUGCAGCUGGACCGAGAAGGAACCCGGUCAACAACGUGACUUUCAACAUGGAGCUGUUCCAGACAGACCUCUUCUUCAAGCACGUGCCCCAGGGCGGUACAAUCGUAAACAAUCGACCCGUCUUUGUGGAGGUCUCGGUGAACAAAACCGACCAGGAUCUGGGCUUCAUGAUUCAGACGUGCUUCAUCUCGCUGAGCUCCAAGCCCAGCGUGACAUCCGAGUACACCCUCAUCGAGAACAUCUGUCCCCGGGACGACUCGGUUAGGUUCUACCCCCUGCGCUCCUCCCCCGGCGCGCAGAGCCCGGUGGAGAGGAAGAGGUUCAGCUUCAUCUUCAGGUCGAACUUCAACGCGCUCGUGUUCCCAUACUUCUUGCACUGCCAGAUGUCGCUGUGCUCUGAGAGACCCUCUGACGGCCGGGGACUCCCUGAGUGCAUACAGCCGGACGAGGCCUGCACCUCGGUCAACUUGCAGAUCAUCAUGGCCAUGAUGAUGACCUCCAGGACUGUCUCGAAAGAGCUGUUUGUGCAGUCCGACCCGCAACCCCCGGAGCCAGAAACUCCAUCCAUCCGGAAUAUUCCACAGCCGCCCGUGGACUCUGGGGAAAAGCACAUAAUGUACGUCCUGGACACUCCCACUGUGGUCGGGAUUGCCUUCACGGCCUUUGUGAUUGGAGCGCUCCUAACGGGAGCCCUGUGGUUCAUUUACUCACACACAGGUGAGACGGCAGGCCGGCAGCAGGUCCCCAAGUCCCCGCCAGCCUCGGAGAACAGCAGCGCCGCACACAGCAUCGGCAGCACACAAAGCACGCCCUGUUCCAGCAGCAGCACGGCCUAGCCCAGGGGGGGGCCGCCCCCGGCCUGGGAGCACAGGAAGGCCCCUCCGGGUCAUGCGGACUGUUUGUUGACCUUCGCUUUCCCAAGGAUGAAAGGGAUUAUUUUUUGAGUUGGUUUUGAAAGAGGAGAAGGGUGUUGUUCUUUUUUUUUUUAUUCCCAAUUCUGCCUUUUUUUUUUUUUUAGGUUUGGCGACCAAAGAAAAAUCACCUGAUGCCCUCUGGUUAACAGCAGUCAAUACCCUUUCCAUUCCAUACAAAAAGAGUAUACAAAAUGUGCAACAGAACUACUACAUUUUUUUUUCCAGAUGCUGCUUUAUUCUCAGCUCUUUAGUUUUUACCUAACAUGGUAAAAGCCUGUAAAUCUUUAUAGCGUAUGGAUGCCCACUGAUGUCAUAAUUGGGUCAUGUAGACUAAAGAAUGUUAUUUUCUUGUUUUGUGAAUAUUGUAAAUACUCAGAAGUGUUACUGACAGCGGAAAGCAAAUAUAAAAGCAGAGUAUUCUUUGAUUUUUAUAAUUAAAUACAAAGCAUAAGGAACAUGUGGUAAAAUUGGGAAAAUGGCAUCGAGCCAGUGUUUAAGUUUGCCAAAUAUGUAUUGUGCUUGGUAUGUUAAAUCCAUCUGCAGUCUGGAUUUGUGGACAGUAAACACGGAAAACAUUCCUGUGCACAUUAUCAAAAGAUUAGGCGUUAGAUCUAAAGCCUAAAAACUGUAGUUGCUGCAAAAUAAUGUGACUUUUCAGGGUCUUACACCACUAAUUGCCACAUCCCGUACAUUUUCAUUCAUACACACCAAAUAAUUUACAGCUGUGAGCCCAGAACUUCAGAGUCACAGUCCAAGGCUUUUAGAGGAAUGCUAAAAGAAAGAUAUUCAUUUCUUGCUGGAUGGCUCUGGUAAGAAGAAACCUGUAUCAGUAUGAUUAGAGUUAAUUUGUUCAGAGCCUUGAGCAUUCGGGCUGCACAAAGAUUCAGAUCUAUUUUCAAGUCUUAAUAAUGAUUAAUUAGCAUUUAGCAUACAUGUACUUCUAGUUUACUAUACAAGCUAUUAUACUUAUGUGUUGAAUUCAUUAUUUUCCCUGGAUGUACCCUAGAAGUCACCAAUAUAAUCAUAC